AUGGCUGCUAGUCCUUCGCUUCAAAGAUGUUCGUCUAUGUCUCAUAUUUCUAGGGAUAAUAGUUUUAAAUGCGAUCCAGGUAGUCCGGUGCAUGGCGAGAACAUCGAACCGGAAAAUGAAAUUAAACGGUCUCAUGCUAAAUUCCGCUUGAAUCGAAGCCAAUCUGUAUUACAUAAGCAGUUUCAAAAACAAAUAUUAUUGCAUUCAUCUUCUAAAGCAUUUAAUAGAAGGCGAUUCACGUUUUCCAGCCAUUCAGAAUAUAAAGUAUUGUGUAAAAAACGUAGGCGGUAUACGAGUAUAGCUUUACCAACAAAAUUUUUGCUUGGAGGAAACAUUAAAGAUCCUCUAAAUUUAGGUAGUCUGGAAGAUGAGAAAAUCAAUCAACAACUGAACGCAUUCAGCCCAGCAUCCUCUCCUUUACCUGUUUCUCAGCAUCGUACUCAAGUUAAACUUCUUAUUCCGCCAAACAUCUAUGAUCCUCUAAACUUAAAUACUGGUGAAGAAAUAGAAUUCAAUUUGUUGUCAUCUAAACAUAGAAAGCGCCGGCGGCAUCGGAAAAAUAGGAGAGAAGAGGGAGAAAAUUCAGUUGAAGUGCAUCAAACAUCAGCAAAAGGAUCAGAUAGUGAUGUGAUGCCAAUUUCAAAAAGUCCUACCCUUUCAUUGUCACUUGAAGAUUGUGCACCAAAGGAACUCAAGUUAGAUUGCAGCAUCUCAUUAAAUAGCUCUGAUGAGCGCGCGCUUUCUGACAAAAUAGUUUCUCCUGUUGUUCCCCAGGGCUCGUUGAAAUUUCACAAACCAGCUGUUAAACCAAUAACAAAACGACGAAGAACGAAAAGUAGGCUUUUACAGAAAGUGGAGACUAAGAAAUAUAGAGCAAAUGCUGAAAAAUUUUGUUAUGGUAACCAUGUUACUAAUCAUGCUAAUUGGAACUUUGGAAAUGAUACUGAUGAAGAUCCGAGAUUGAGAUUUUUUAGUAAAGAUUUGUUUUAUCGUAAAGAUGUCUUAGAUAUUGGAUGUAAUACAGGCAUCCUCACUUUACACAUUGCCAAGCAAUGGUAUCCUAGGAAAAUAAUCGGCAUUGAUAUUGAUAAAAAAUUGAUUAACAUAGCUCAGAGAAAAGUUCGAAGCUAUUCCAAUAGGGAUUUAGAUAAAGGUAUUAAUUUCCCACAGUCGAUGGCUGCCAUGUAUGGUACUUUGUCGAAGUUUAAUAUAAGUAAUUUGGAUUCAUCAUCUGAGUUCCCUAAUAAUGUUACUUUUUUUGAGGCCAACUAUGUUCCUGGUUGUGAAGAAUACCUUGAGACGCAGAAGCCGGAAUUCGACACGAUUCUUUGCCUACGAGUGACAAAGUGGAUUCAUUUAAAUUUUGGAGACGAAGGUCUAAAAAUGGCUUUUAAAAGAAUGUUUGCUCAGCUGAGAACAGGUGGUCAUUUGAUUCUGGAGCCACAGCCGUGGUUUACAUAUUCUGCUAGCAAAAGAAUAACGCCAUCCAUCUACAAAACAUAUUGUAGUCUUAAUAUGAAGCCAGAUGCUUUUUGUGACUUUCUUCUAUCCAAAGAAGUUGGAUUUAGUUCAUGUGAACUCAUAGGCAGAACAUACAACUGCACUAAAGUUUACAGACAGCCAUUGUACUUGUUAACAAAAGGCUUCAGUGUUGAUGAACCUAGAGUUCUACACAUGAGAGUUCUGUCAUUUCAUAAUGAUGAAUGGAACAAUAAUGCUGAUGAACAAAGCGAAGCAGCAAGUGAUUGGCCCGAGUUGGAAGCAUUGAAUCACAUCACAGUUACAAAUUCUAAUGUUGAAUAUUAA